AUGGCCUCCCAAACUCCAGCCGUUGUCAUGGACAACGGAACCGGUUUCUCAAAACUUGGGUUCGCCGGAAAUGAUUCCCCUUCUUUCGUCUUUCCCACCGCCAUUGCGAUGAAAGGUGCUGGAAGUGGAGCAACAGGAUCAGGCUCAGGAAGACCAGCUGUGGCAAACAAGCCAUCGUAUCUUACCGGUGGCGCAGGCCCCAGCUCAAAUCUCGCAGCCAAACGUGGAACAGAAGAUCUUGACUUUUUCAUUGGAGACGAAGCCCUUGCUGCAGCGAGUGGUCCGGGGUAUAGCAUAAACUAUCCCAUACGGCAUGGCCAGAUCGAAAACUGGGAUUAUAUGGAACGCUUCUGGUCGAACUCCAUAUUCAAGUAUCUGAGAGUUGAGCCGGAAGAUCAUUAUUUCCUCCUCACCGAACCAGUGGGUAUUCCACGGAUAUUCAUAGAUGUCCUCCAUGCUGACAGUUUAAAAAAGCCUCUGAACCCUCCUGAAAACCGCGAGAACACUGCUGAAAUUAUGUUCGAGUCAUUCAACUGUGCUGGUCUUUACAUUGCCGUUCAAGCCGUCCUGGCUUUGGCUGCCUCUUGGACCUCUUCAAAAGUCACCGAUCGAUCCCUCACCGGAACCGUCAUCGAUUCUGGCGAUGGUGUCACUCACAUCAUACCCGUGGCAGAAGGAUACGUCAUUGGGUCUUCAAUCAAGAGCAUUCCGAUAGCUGGGCGGGACAUCACAUACUUCGUUCAAAGCUUACUACGAGACCGAGGGGAGGCAGAUAGCAGUUUGAAGACGGCGGAGAAAGUCAAAGAAGAAUAUUGCUACGUCUGCCCUGACAUUGUCAAAGAAUUCGCCCGAUACGACAAAGAACCCGAUCGAUUCCUGAAACACACCGUCACUUCUCCCAAUGGAAGAUCCGUCACCAUUGACGUCGGCUACGAAAGGUUCCUUGCCCCCGAAAUCUUCUUCAACCCAGAAAUCUACUCUUCCGACUUCCUCAUACCCCUACCAACCGUGGUCGAUGGAGUUAUUCAAUCCUCCCCCAUCGACGUGCGCAGAGGUUUGUACAAGAACAUCGUUCUCUCCGGCGGAUCUACGUUGUACAAGGACUUUGGCCGCCGAUUACAACGCGACAUUCGACAUUUGGUGGAUGCACGCAUUCGCGCCUCUGAGGCCCGAAGCGGAGGAGCCAAGAGCGGCGGCCUAGACGUGCAAGUCGUCACUCACAAGCGACAAAGACAUGGCCCUUGGUUCGGUGGUAGUCUGCUAGGCCAAACUCCCGAGUUCAGAAGCUACUGUCACACAAAAGCCGAGUAUGAUGAGAUAGGUCCCAGCAUUGUCAGAAGAUUCGCUCUGCUAGGUGGACCGGGAAGUACCUAG